UCGUUCCAUUCUCUCGUUUCGAAUCGCUGUAUCAUUUGCCGUUGCCGAGUUGCCGGUGGAUCCCUAAACCCUAGCUCCGAUGCCGAUCUCGCUCAAUGCUCGGGCUUAAUUGGGGCAGAGGUUCUCGUGUUUGCUGUCCGAGAUGGUGGCGCUCCGCCGGCCAUGGCGUAAGGUCGUCAUCUACGCCUUCCUUGUCGUCUCGUUCAUCGCCCCGCUUGUCCUCUUCUUCAGCGUCCCCGCCGCCGAUAACUCCCCCUUCCAUGAAAAGAAGAACUUUCUCAAUAUCAGCUCUGGUAUCCUGAAUAGUUUCUCCCCCGGGCGUACUUCUAAUGCUAUGCAACUCAAUUCGAUGGAGCAGGAAGUUAGUGAGGACCCGCAGCUGAAAGGAGUUAUCUAUAAAGAUGAUAAUUUGAAGAAUGUUCAGAUUAAAUACAAUCAAAAUGUUACAAUUUCUGGAGCAACCAACGACUCCAGCUCAAGGCUUAGUGGGAAUGGAGACAAUCAACCUUAUCACGUACCAAAUUCUGCUGGUGGAGAGGUCAUUUUACAUGGAAUACUUGAUAAGAAGCAGGAAUCUUCUGACAAAAAAACUGGUGUUUUGACCAUUCGAAAGUCCCCCUCUAGACCAUCAACUGCCAAAAUAUGGGAAAUGGAGGACCAGUUAGUAAUGGCAAAGGCUUACGUGCACUUUUCUUCUUCAAAUACUAACUUUCACUUGUUACGAGAGUUAAAGCUUAGGAUUAAAGAGAUAGAUAGGGUUCUUAGCCGUUCCAACAAAGAUGCAGAUUUAUUUACAAGUGACUUGCAGAAAAUGAAAAACAUGGAAGCAACUUUGUCAAAAGCCAGAAAAUCUCAUCCGGAGUGCUCCGCAAUGGCAUCAAAAUUACGUGCCCAAUUAUUCAAUGCUGAAGAACAACUCAGGGCUCAACAGAACCAAGCUUCAUAUCUUGUUCGUCUUACUGGCAGGACCUUCCCAAGGGGUUUUCACUGCCUAUCUAUGCGUCUCACUACUGAAUAUUUCGCAUUGCACCCCGAUUUGCGAAAAUUGCCCAACAGUCAUAAUUUUGAUAAUCCAGAUCUUUAUCAUUAUGCUAUUUUCUCUGAUAAUGUGCUGGCAUGUUUGGUGGUUGUGAAGUCAACAGUAAAUUCAUCACUGGAGCCUGAGAAAAUUGUCUUUCAUGUGGUAACUGAUUCCUUCAAUUUUCCAGCAAUGCUAAUGUGGUUUUUGUUGAAUCCACCUGGAAAGGCAACUAUUCAGAUACAGAGUUUGGAUGAUUUUGUAUUCUUACCUACUGGCUUUAAUUCAAUGUUCAGGCAGUCAGCUAAAGCUGAUCCAAGAUAUGCUUCUCCACUCAAUCACCUUCGAUUUUACUUACCAGAGGUCUUCCCCUCCCUUAAUAAGAUUUUGCUUUUGGACCACGAUACAGUGGUGCAGAAAGAUUUACGAGAACUGUGGAAUUUAGAUAUGAAAGGUAAUGUAAAUGGAGCAGUGGAAAUGUGCAAGGACAAUGUAACAUCACAGAAAUUGGAAAUGCUUGUGAAUGUUGCAAAUCCAGCAUUCGCUAAUAGUUUUGAUGGCAAGGCAUGUUUAUGGGCAUUUGGCAUGAAUAUAUUUGACCUGCAGGAGUGGAGAACACGAGGUCUGGCUGCAACUUAUCAUAAAUGGAAUGAAAUUGGGAGUAAGCAUCUGUGGAAUGCAGGAAGUCUUCCACUGGGUCAGUUGCUUUUCUACAACCACACUAUGACCUUGGACAGACGGUGGCAUGUUUUUGGGCUCGGUUCUGAUUUGAGAGUUGGAGUGACAGAGAUUGAGAAGGCAGCAGUGAUCCAUUACGACGGAAACAUGAAACCAUGGUUAGAUACUGCCAUUACAAAAUAUAGAGGUUACUGGACCAGAUUCCUUGACUAUAGCAAUCCUUACUUCCGACAAUGCAACAUCCAUGGAUAAUUAACUGCAGGCUAGCACUCUUCUCUUUGUCUAAUGGUCCGUAUUCUUUGGUUCUUGACGAUAUCGUAGACCUGUUUUUUUUUUCCAACUAUUUUCCCCCCUAACCAUUGAUGUAAAUCCAACAUUUUUUUCUAGUUUCUAACACAGCCAUUGACUUGGCAACAGCUACUUUUUGUUGCUGAAUAAUAUGAAAUAUACAGUUUUUUCCCCCAAUGGAUAUGAGCCGGAAAAUUAUGUUAUUUUACCAAAUACUGGUGUUAAUAAUCUAUGCUGAGCCUGCUAAUUGUAGUUUACUGCUGAUCUGUAGUACUGGAAUCUCUAGGUAUCAGUAUCAUCUGAAAUUCACUACUUAU